CCACGGCCACGAGCCCUGUCGCGUAUCCACACCUCCCACGAUCCGCUCCUCAGGAAGCAUACGCCGGCCGCAAUCUACACACCGACACGGCAAAACCCCGAGACGCUCACUUACGGUGUCCAAAGUAGAUCGCAGCAGCAGGACUCACCCAGGGCCCAGAUUGCGGCUCCCAGACCCGCCAGGACCACGGCGGUCACACCCACAGCGACAGCGGCUCGCCACCGGCUACACAGGGCCAUCCCUGGUGCUCCUGUCCGACACAACACAAGAGCCACGUUCAGGAUGAUCCAAACACACAGAAAACAUCCGAGAUCUCACUGGAGCGUCCUUUCUGUCCUGUAUAAUGUUAUAUGAUCGUAAUAUUGUAACAUGACUCGUUGUUCUUAGUCACUGUAUCGCUCUAUAAUAUUAUACAUGAGAGACUAUUUUGUCGAAGAGCGAGACAAAACGAAACACGGCGACUGGCGUGUAUAAAGAUGAGAGAAGAAUGAGAUCAAUAGUCCAAAGUCAGCACGUCCAUGGACACAAAGUAAACUGGGGAUUUAAUACCAGUGCCAUAACCUACUCCCCACACACACACACACACACACACACACACACUCACACACAGUGAGUGUCACACUGUCCCAAGACUGGAUUCGUCAGAUCUGGCCAUGAGCCGGUGAUCUGUUACAUAAAGCACCACGUGCAAUAAGCAUGCCAAAAACUUUAUUACAAUUCCACAUAAAUCCUCACGCAGUAGCUCACUGCGAGCUUCACGCCGCACUAGUACUGACAUACACACUGUUUAUUUUUAUAUCUUUUGUCUUAAAGGCUUAUUUUGAUGCCUUCUCUAUUACCGUGUCCGUAGAUAUUACGAUUUCGACAUUUUUCCACGAAGUUAAGAAGUACCACAGCUAAUAGAUCACGUUUUUUGGAUACGCUUGUGAGAUACGGAUUUUUAACCUGCUCACGUGCUACCAUUUUAAAACAUCACAGUAAAGGAUUCAAUCGUCCUGAACUGGAAAAAGCAAACGAGUAAUUCCACCAUUUCAGGUGUGAGGGGAGUUGGGGACGGGGUCAUGAAAUUAGCAGCAAUUAGCAUUAUGGGUUGUCUAAUGUCAACAUGGCUGCUACUCAAACACGUCUGAGCUCUGACCGAGUGGGACCGUCUUCUGAAAAUUUCCUGUCGCGUCCCUCGUAAAUAUCGUUAACUGAUGUUAACUUUACACGUGUCUGAUGUUUGACUUCAGGGAACUCAAAACAUUCUCUAGUUUCCAUGCCGCGAAAGCCACAAGCGCAUGUGAGAUGGUGGAAGGGGGCGGGGCUUCCUGGGGGUUCAGUCAGUUCGAAUCGGUGAGUUCGAAUCACCUGCGCGACCGUCACUGAUUGCGUUUACAUGCACAUCGAUAUUCUGAUAUUACUCAGAAUCUGGCAGUGUUAUAAUUAGUCUUUAGUCACGUAAACACUGCGAUCCGAUUGGCCGAUUCAGAUUAACGCAAUAUUCUGGUUCAGACCCCUGGAAUGUGCCUGUUUUAAUCAGAAAUCUGUUGCAUGUAAACACCUUGUUAAGAAAAUCCACUGAAACCAUUUCUAUCCAACACGAUGGCACCCAGCUGGAGACCCAAUGGUAUGACGGGACCGCCAAAUAAUCAGAAUACGUGGCAGUGGAUAUCAUGGCAGUGUGAGAGAGGAUGCUGAACCCCAUCACGGAGGAUGCUCUGGGAUUUUGAGAGAGUUCUUCGAGAUCUCAUAGCUGAUUACUUAUAAACCCUCACCACAGCGUAAUUAAGAGCGUUUUAAAGGAACCAUUUCUUACUUUCCCAACGGUACCCAGACCACAAUAUGGCGAAUAGAGCAUUUCACGUGUUCCUGUUUCAUAACAGCACUAUCUGAAUGAGAGGUCUUCCAGUAAUCACAGCACGGCCUUGGAGAAAUCAGUAUCGAAGGAAACGGCAUGCUUGUCAUUUUAUAUUUUCUCACACAAACAUGAAACCGUGACCAGAAGUGCUGUUCCUUUUUAUAUCGCGGCAUUUUAACACGAUGAAAAAAUAAAUAAAAUCACGUCUUCACGUCAUAACGGUAUAUUCUUUCCGGACAUGUAAAGCACAUGGAACAAGGAACACCCUUGAUGUAAAGUGAAGGGUGUGCAAACUUUUGAAUUCAGCUGUAUACACAGUAAUAGUUUAUAUAUUUAACUGGUAUUACAUUUCCUUUAAAUGAAAGCUCGAUCCAUGCUGUUUUCCCCUGAGAUUUAAAUAAAGGAAAUGAAACAACAUUUCUUGGCCUGUCCCGGCCGUGCUGAAUCCGAAGCCCGGCAGCGGCCCGGUCUGACCCAUUUCACCCACGGAACAAGCAGCACUUUUGUGUCGCACCUGAAAAAGUCCUGAUGCUGUGAUCUGGCUCUGCGCACGGCUCCCGGUUUCCCACUUCAGACUUCCACACCUGGCUGCUUUUUAAAUUAAAGGCAAACUCUGACUCGGAAGCUGAAUAUGCAGUACAGUAUCUCAUACCUUUUAAUGAACCGUGUCUGCCAUGAGUGAAGUUCUGAGUAUGGUAGAAUGGAUGGAAAAAAAAUCAACUGCAUAUAUGUACUGUCGAUUCUCUCGCGUGAUCACGAGACGUCAUAAACCGAGACGAUCACAGAACAAACUAAAUAUCUUUUCAAUUGCAUUCGAGCGUAUUUGACUCAUUAAGAGAUUUGAUCAAUAAAUGAAACGAAGCAAAAAGAUUCAACAAGGACUGAUUCAAGGAUUCAUUUGUAAUGAAUCAAAUCAAACUGAAUCGUUGUUUCCGAAUCAUUUUUUUUUUGUAUUUAAUGAUUUAUUUUUUCCAGUCGUUGAUAUUCGGACAUAAACAUCUGCCAUCUUUACCUCAGUGUCACACAGUGAUUCACCGAGCAAUUCCAUAACACCUUUCUAUAGUCAGUAUAUACUGUAUACUUACUACAGCACAUAGGGUAUAUUAUAAUUGCAUUGUAAGCCCUUCGUAAAGCACUAUUUUCCCAAUAGAACACAGAAAUUGCGACAUAAUGCCUGAUAGUACUAAUAAGUUUUAAACUGUUUCACUCUUUACAUUCUUUUCCUUAUUAUUUGCCUUCCGCUUUCUUUCUUUCUUUUUUUUUAAACAUUUUACCAUGUUUUAUCGAUUUAUGUAUCUCAGGUAAUUUUUUCGUAUUGUUUAAUUUCUCGCUACAGAAAUAAAAUGUAAACUGAAUCGAAUAGAAUCCAAUGUAAUCUAAUAACAUUGUGGGACCCUGCAGAACUGAUUCGAAUCAAACUGAACUGAGCCGAAUCAAAUCCACGCUGUGACUCCCUAAAUCGAAUCGAAUCGAUCCAAAACCGAAUCAAAUACGAAACGAACGGAAUCGAACUACAUUGUGACACCCUGAAUUGAAUCAAAUCAAAUUCAACUAUAUUGAAUCAAACUGAAUCAAAUCGAAUCAAAUCGUGGAACCUGGAAUCAAACUGAAUCGAAUCAAAGUGAAUCAAAUCGAACUGAAUCCAACAGAACGUGGCACGCUGAUUCGAAAGCGAAUCGCCUCAAGUUGAAUCAAAUCAAAUCAAGCUGAACUGUGACAUCUGUAGAGAUUCGCUCUCUACUAUUUAGAAGCGUUCAGUCUGGUGUACACAAUACUGCAUGUGUCUGAGUCCUCAGUGAGUCACGGAUGUGUCAUGAGUGCUGACGGCGCUCCAUUUCCAGUUGAAUGGCUUAAUGUUAUUAUGUGGAGGAGUCCACUCGUUCCAUGGUCUCUACGCAAGCUCACAGACACGUGGCAUUUGUAUUAUAAAUACCCAUUAUUUCUAACAGAACGAUUACACACUUCUCAGCACCAGCGCUAACUCAGUCACGGCGUAACCCUCGAUCAUGAUGCCGGCGACGCAGGAGGUUGUUAAGUGUACAGUGUGUGUGUGCGAUGUACGCUGUGCUGUACUCGGCAGAUUAUAGCGGAUGAUAUGGGCACACCUUUGAGGUCAGGUUUCAGUUCAGAAGGCAGAGAUAAUAAACUUGUCUUGUAGUAACAGUUUUGUCAUUCAUCGCUGCGUUUCUCUGAGAACAGCGAGAUGGAUAAGAUGUGUGAGAUCGGAUGGCUGUGGACAUCUCUAAUUCUAUCAGCGUUAAUGCCUGGAGUCGUUCUGGCCGGUGAUUGGGUGGUCCAUGUUCCCGUGAACCCCAUCCUGGCCCCUCGUGGUUCUUCAGUGACGCUCCCGUGCACUUACGACUUCCCCGAUGAGUCCGGGUCCCGUCAUGUUCAGUCUGAGAUGUGGUGUCUGAACCAGGACCUGUGCAUCACGCCCGCCUAUGUGUACCACAGCGGCAGCAUCUUCCCCGAGCCUGCGUACCGGGGCCGGGUCCAGUACCUGGGCUCGCUCGGCUCCAAGAACUGCUCUCUCGGGAUAAGCGACCUGAGGGUGAAGGACAGCGGCGUGUACGUGUUCCGCUUCAUUACUAACCACCCUGUGGACAAACUGCCGGGGCAGAGGGGCGUUACACUGCGAGUGACAGACCCCCCAGUGAACACGUCAGUGACGGUCGCCAGCUCAGACCGGAUCGUCGUGGGGAAAUCCCUCACCCUGUCCUGUACCAGCUUCACCGCCUCGCCUCUGACCACCUUCACUUGGUUCCACAUGAACGGAAGCAUGACUUUAAGAGGCACAGGCCAGAAUUUCACUAUAGAGCAUCUCAGUUCUAAAGACAGUGGGUUGUACACAUGUGCUGCCCAAAACAUCUGGGGCUCCCAGAACGCCACCAUUAUAAUCACCGUCCAGAAAGCAGAAGAAAGCAGCCCUGCCUCCACUACUGUCAUUGUGGUCGGAAUUAUCCUCCUGCUCAUAAUAAUAGCCACCAUUGUUGCUUGUACUAAAAGAAACACCGCCUCUAAAUCUCUUCAGUCAGUGUUCAACGAUGACGGCAACCUCUGAUCACUGUCGGAUCAAGAGCGGGAGAAGGAAACGUUUCUUCUCUCUUCUGCGUUCGGUUCAUAUUUAUUGAAUGGAUUAAAACGGUGUCAUAAAAUGCAGCUGUUUAAAUAUCUUAUUAUGAUCUAGGUUUCAUCGGAAUAUCGAGUCUUUAACGGUGUGAAAUAUUCAUGAUGUAAUAAUGUAUGUGUUUUUAUUCUGUUUUAUUAGAACAAUGUAGACUUGCAGGUUUUUUUUUAUUAUUUUUAUUAUGAGGCUGAUCACAUGCUCUGAUCCCAACUUCUUUCCAAGUGCAGGGAAUCACCCCCCCCCCCCCCCCCCCCCUUUAUCACAUUAGUACAUGGCUAACGUACAUGUGUUUAUAAAGAUGAACUGAAAAUAAAACGAAAUUAUAAUCUAGAAAUAGAACGACA